AUGCCGGAUCACGCGCAUAAACUGCUGAUACCCCCACUCAUACACACCACACCAAUCACCUCAUUCUCACUCGUUUCCGAGGUUAGAUCGACCGAGAACUCAGCAACCAGCCCGUUUGACCUCUUGAUACAAACCGCCACCCGCCAAUGGGAUUUGAACUCGCGCUUGACCACGCCGGGCUAUUCGAAGCCCGUUCUCAAGGAUGUGACGCCGCCCAGUAUACUUCUUCCACCGCUUGGAAGGGUGUCCGAGUCUUCGGUUCCUUUAGUUCCUGUUGCGGAAACCUACAAGAGCGUGACUUCCAGCUUUUUUCCCAAUGAAGCCAGGACCGUAUUCGCUAGUGAACCUAGAUCUUCGUCGCCAACUUUUGGAGCCGUUGUGCCAAAAGAGUCUGACGGUGCCGUUGCGCCCGGUGUGCCUGCUGUGAACACCGACUACGAAACAGCAAAGCCGGUCGCCGAAACUGUCCUAGCUUCGUUUUCUGCAAGGUCGCAAAGACAGAGGACCGGCCCCAGCUGUCAUGCCUGUAGAUCGCGAAAAAUCAAAUGUGAUGCGCAGAUGAUUGUGAUUUCGGCCUCUUCGGCGAACGACCCUGUGGAGCCAGAAUCCUUAAUAUCACCUUCGAGGGAUGAGACAAGUAUUGAUUCAUGGAUCGACGGAUGCCAGUUACUUGGAGAGUCGAAGGAGAGCAACGAAUGGUUGAUUUUCCGUGUUGAGCCCAUAUCGUCUGAGUCCUUCUACUCCGAAGAAUUCAAAUCCGCCGAGCAAGAAAUUAUUCUGAUCAAGUUCAAGAAGUGCACUGCGUGCGCCAAGAAGAAUUGCAGCUGUUUUUUCGAUAAAGGCUUCAACAGGUUGGAUGUUGAGCGUUUCAAGCAGAGUGAGCCCGAGACAAUUACUCCAGCCCCCAAGACGGAGAAGCCAGAAAUGGCUUCCCGCAAGAGAAGAAAUACAGAUGAAAAUCUGAGUUCUAACAGGAGUGACCCGGGUGGCCAGAGAAGAAGCUCGUGCAACGGAUGUCGAUCGCGGAAGAUCAAAUGUGUCAAGAGGUCUUCUGAGUCGAAGUGUGUUCAUUGUCUGAGGCGUGACAUAGAGUGUGCUAUGCCGUGA